GCUCCCUACACAGCCAGGCCCUAAAGACCCCUGCGGCGGGCAGAGGGCGGAGGACUGGGCGCGGGGCCGCGCGGGGGCGCUGCAGUCCCGCCAGGUCCCGGCUGGGCUGCACGAUGUCGCCGAGUCGCGUGGGCUGGUUGCUGUGCUGCGGCGCGCUGCUGUCGCCGGCCGCGGGCUACGUGCUCCUGAGCUCGGUGUCGUGGGCCGUCACCGGCGAGGUGGACGAGGAGCUGGACAGCGCUUCCACAGAGGAGGCGCUGCCGGCGCUUCUGGAGGACCCGGGAGGCCUCUGGCAGCGCAGCUUCCCUGCAGCGGCGCACGAGGAUGGCGCCACCCGCGCCCCGCCGCGCCCCGCGCCCCCUGGGAUGUUCUCCUACCGCCGUGAGCGCCGCCCGGGACGCCCCGCCACCGCCGCGCCCCUCAGCUCCGCGCUGCGUGCCCGUCUCGCCCGCUCGCUGGCCCACGCGAGCUCCUGGGGCUGCGUGGCCACCAUGGCCGCGCGCGACAAGGGCCUGCCAUUUGGGAGCUACCUGCUCAUCAGCGAUGGCCCUCUCAACAACAGCACAGGAACGCCCUUCUUCUACGUGACAGCCAAAGACCCCGUGGUGGCUGACCUGAUGAAGAACCCCAUGGCCUCGCUGAUGCUGCCAGAGUCGGAAGGGGAGUUUUGCAGAAAAAAUAUUGUUGAUCCAGAAGACCCUCGCUGUGCGCGGUUAACACUUACUGGCCGAAUGAUUCCAGUGACGCCAGAAGAAGUCGAAUUUGCCAAGCAAGUUGUGUUUUCAAGGCACCCCGGGAUGAGGAAGUGGCCGCGGCAGUAUGAGUGGUUCUUUAUGAAGAUGAGGGUAGAAGGUGUCUGGCUUCAGAAAUGCGUAAGAUCCUGCAGAGUUACGUGCAUAGUCCUGUUCUGCUUACGGACCGCGGAGGAACACUAAAAGCUCGCUCUGCGUCAGGCUUCGCGAUCCCCGCGGCUCACACGUCAGAGAGCUCCUCUUUUGCGUCCCGGGGCAGCGGGGUCCAAAAUGAGAGCCCCUCCGGGUGGUACACAGAGAUGCCAGACGGUGAAAGCGGGAGGCAAAGGCAGUGUGGAAGCGGUGGGGAAAGCGGUCAGCACCAAGACUCUGGUCCCUGCCCAGCCCUGGGCCACACCCUCGUGGACACCGCCUCAUCCAGCCGCCAGCCAGCCUGUGCUUGUCGACCUCACCCCUCCGGACAGGGAGACCAAGGCUUGGAGAAGGCGAAUCAGCGUCCCUCGGCGUUGGUAACGCUGCAGCUCACUGCACUGGUGGGCGGGGUGGCACCUUCCGUGUUUAAGGAUGAAAGUAGCUAAAAUACAGAGUCCCUGAGCCCGAAGAGUGAACUUAGGAGAGAAGGACUAACUCAAAGAUUCAUCACUGUUUUGCAGCGUGAGUGGGUCUCCAAAGUGUGAUUCUUACUACAGAAUUUAAAUUUUCAGCAAAUGAUAUUCUGGAGUUCCUGGUGUUUGCAAUAAGCUGGACUGCCCUGGUGCACACACACAAGGCCUGCGUGUGCCUGCGUGUGCUAUACACACCCAAGGCCUGCGUAUGCCUAUGUGAGCCUGCCUGUGCAUAUCAGGGACUUCCUAUAAGUCCACAAAGGAUUUGGUGGUACCCAACUUUUCUGUCUUCACAGCACUAAACUCUCUGUGGUGGGUCAGGCAUGUUAAAUAAUGUAAGAACACUUCAUUAACAUAGGAAAUACCCAUUCCAGUGGAAAGGUUUAUUAAAGUGCAGCAGUAUUCAAUCCAGUGUUACUGUAUUGUGUGCACAGAAACAUGCUUUAAUAACAGAGUGGAGACUCUAAAAUCGGUUCACAAAAAUGCUUCACCCUUGUUUUUCACAAAGGCACAAAAAUAAUUGAACACGAGGAGGACAGUCUUUCCAAUAAACAUACUACAAAAGGUAGACUGAUCUUCCUACCUGAUAUGAACAUUCAUUCAAAAAAGAUCAUAUCUAUAGAUGUAAAAUGUAAACCUAUAACUAUAGAAAGAAACAGAAAAUCUUUGAGACUAAAAGCUAAGCAAAGAGUCUGUAAACUUGAGACUCUCAAUAAGCCAUUGAAGACUUGAUAAAUUAAACACUAUCGAAAUUUAACACUUUCGUUUUGCAAAAGAUUAUGUUUAGAAGAUCCACAACCAGGCUUCUGACUGAGAGAAAAUAUCUGUGAGCCACACACCUGACAGACUAGUGGCCAGAGUAUGAGGAACUCAGUUAAUGGGCCAAAACCUACCAGAAAAUAGACAUCGCUUUUGUUAACCACAUGUAUGCAUAUUUGUGGAACAGAUCUAAGACUUCUGUAAAAGUUUUCUAAAGGUAUUUGGUUUAGUGCUAAGUACCAGGUAAUCAGAACUCAACAGGGUGCAGGGGAGAGUUCCUCAGUCAUGUGUUUGUCUUGAACAUGCAAGGCCUGGACCCUAUCCCUAGCACCACAUAACAGAACUGUACACAUCUGCUGCUCAGGUUUUACACAGGACACUGAGGACAGGAAGGCAUCUUACCUAACCUAGAUAUGCUGAGAGAACUCUAGUUAUGUGUGAGUGGCCACGUCUUCGCAAUCCUUCACUGACGCUUAUCCACAGAACUGUA